AUGGUGGCACAACGACACUUUCGCAACAUGCAAUUCCAUCAACGACCAGACUUGAACGGCGCCGGCAACUCGUUUGACCUGCAUGCGCAGAAGAAGAGCCCAGCGCCAGUCCAGCUCAUCCUUCCCAAUGAACAAGUGCUUCUGGGAUUUCCACCAGACAACACCAGUCUGUCCACACCGCCGCCAAAUAAUUCGACCUCGGCCGUAAAGGCUGUGUUCAUGACAAACCCCAUGCGAAAACACCCUCAAGUGAUUGAGUUUCAGGUGGCAUUUUCAGUCGUCGCGGCCGUCAACUUGAUGUUCACGCUGUCGUUUCUGUCUCCAUCGGAGAACACACGUGCAUGGUUCAACACGAGUCCAUACUCCUUGACCGAGCCUCGCACCAGCAUUGACGAGGCCAUGCCAAUGCUCAUGAUCGCAUCGAUAUGCAUGUCGCUCGUUGCUGGCGUCGUGAGUGUGUGGCGAAAGGCGCCGCUUCCCCUGCGACUGUUUGUCCUAUGUACGACGACCACCCACCCAACCAAAUGUUAUGUUCAUCACAUGUAUGACGAGUAUUAGACACAAGUGUCCAAGACUUGGCGCUGUUGUCGACAUGCGUGACGUCAUACGUUGUGCUCCUUCGCCUUCCGCUGGAUGUGGCGCUAGUCUUCGUCGCCCAUCGGCUCCGCGCUGCCUUGGUGUGUCGGUGGUUUGUUGCGUGCGAUAAAAUACGAUAGCUGGCUGGUUGGUGGUGCUGCUGCUGGUCCUUUCAAAUAGAAUAUAAAAAAACACCAGUCGUUUGAAUCGCCAAAGUAUUAAUACAAUGUAGUACGUACUACAUAUGAACCAGAG